GGGAAAGAGAAACCUCACAAUCCAUCUUCCCCCUCCCUCUUAAAAGUUACAUUUUUUUUUCUAAAUACAAUAAAAAUGAAAUGCAUAAAAAAUGAGUUGCAAAAUUUGCCCAGAGAUUAGGACAUAGUGUCUUGUGCUCUGCUCUCUGCCUGCAGAACUGGCUUUCCCUAACAGCCCCCUCUCUCUGACCCCCCAGCAGCUGACAUUUGAUAGUCAGACUGCCCCUUCACAUGGAGGUUCGAUCUAGCCACCUUGGCUUAACAAGCCACAGCUCAGCAUCCAGUUUCCCACAGUGGCCAGCUAGACUCUUCUGGGAAGCCACAAGAAGGAAAGCAACAUCCUUCCUCUGUUGUUUUGGAAGCCCUCCCCUCCCACACUUCAGCAACUGGUGUUCUGCGGCAGACUGCUCCUGAAGAAGGAGGUUCCAUGGCUAAUUGCUGGGAAUAGAUAGGCCUCCUUGAGGGCUGGAGGCCAAUGCCCGCUGGAACCUCCCCCUCGUCACCGCAGGUGUUGCAUGCAACAAUAGCAAUCUUGGGGCUUGUAUCAGGGCGAGGCUGUUUUUAUCGGCACAUGGCUCAUUCCAGCAGAAUCUCCUUCAUGGUGGCUAAUGAUAGGUGGAGAUGAAUUCCUUGAUGUGGCAGAACAUAAAGCAAAGCAAAGGACUGAAGCCAGCUGCCUGCCCGAUAUCUCUGGAAAACAGAAAAAGAGCAAAUGGAAAAUGUCUGAGCAGAAGAAGUCCCAGAGCCUGGAUGAAGCUGUGGCGGAACGACCCAGAAGCGGCCAACGUCCGCCCUUGUCCCGGUCCAAAACCUAUGACCCGCUUUUCUCUAAAGAAGCAGAGAAGGAAGCAUCUGCCUCUGCCCACCACAGAAACUCAGCAUCCAACCUGAUGAAACAUGCUGUUGACUUCCACCGAGUGUUCAAAGACCUCUCCGAAGAGGAGUUACUCCUGGAGACGUUUUCGUGUGCCUGGCAGCGGGAGGUGUCCUACCACGGCCGCCUGUACGUUUCCCCCAGCCACGUCUGCUUCUACUGCAGCAUGGUGCGACGGGAGGUGAAGGUCGUCAUUCCUGUGCCCACCAUCAGUGUCCUCAAGAAGGCCAACACGGUCUUGUUGGUACCCAACGCCAUCUGCAUCCGGACGUCCGAAGGCGAGAAGUUCCUGUUCGGAUCGCUCCGUUCACGGGAAACGGUUUACCAGCUGCUGUGCUCCGUCUGUAAGCACCUCCAGGACGGCAGCCGGAAGAACAGCCCAACCAUGCCGCACGUCAGUCCAGACUGCCUCCAUAAGAUAUCCCUGAUCCCAAGGGAGACGGAUGCCACUCACAGCCCUCCACAGCACAAAAUCCUCCCAGAGGAGCCAGACGUGGCCAAUGGGACACGGAGGCCCCCAACAGCACCCGUUGAACAACAGCUGGCAACGCCAAGCAGAGGAGGGGCACCAACAACAAAGUCCUGGCGAAACUGGAAGGUUCACUUGAACCCCCUCAACACGGUUAUCCUAAUCUAUCUCUUCUUGGUGGUCCUCUUACUGCUUUCCUCGGGGUACAUCGGCCUGCGUAUCGUCCAGCUGGAGGAACAGCUGACCAUGAUGGGGGCCUGGCCUGAGCUGGGCCUUCAACACCCAGAAUGACAGACAAAUGUUUCCGGAAGUGCAUUGGGAAACCGGGGAGCUCCCUUGAUAACUCCGAGCAGAAAUGCAUCGCGAUGUGUAUGGACCGCUACACGGAUGCCUGGCAUACCGUCUCACGGGCCUACAAUGCACGACCGCAGAGGGAGAGCCAACAUGCGAUGGGCUGGGCAGGGCAGCUGCGGAGCCCCAUCACGGACUUAACCAAUGGAUCUAUUCGGGUCACCGAGCGAGGUGGUUCACUAGGAAGUGUGGACUGGCUGGAUUUGUGGCCUGUGUGGCAGCGAUUAAAAUGACUGCACGUGGUGC